GCCCGGUGCGCGCGCGCGCAGGGAGCGCGCGGCCCCGAGCGAGGGAAGGAGGGGCCGGUGACAGUGCGGAGCCACUGACUGCCAGCGUCCGCGCCCGGGGAGCGGCCGGACGGAAGAGAAGGUUCGCCACACGCCGGUCGGCUGCCCGACCCUUCGGACUCAACCCCGAGCGGAGCAGCCGCGGCUUCUGGUCGGUUGGGGAGGCUCCGCCGCCACCUCGGGAAGAUGUUUAACGUGGAGUCCGUGGAGCGGGUGGAGCUGUGCGAGAGCCUGCUCACUUGGAUCCAGACCUUUAAUGUGGAUACACCAUGCCAGACUGUGGAAGAUUUAACCAAUGGUGUUGUGAUGUCCCAGGUUCUUCAAAAGAUAGAUCCUGUGUAUUUCGAUGAUAAUUGGCUAAACAGAAUCAAAACUGAAGUGGGAGACAAUUGGAGGUUAAAGAUUAGCAAUUUAAAGAAAAUUUUAAAAGGCAUCUUGGAUUACAAUCAUGAGAUUCUAGGACAGCAGAUUAAUGAUUUUACCCUUCCUGAUGUGAACCUGAUCGGGGAGCAUUCUGAUGCAGCAGAGCUUGGAAGGAUGCUCCAGCUCAUUCUAGGCUGCGCUGUGAACUGUGAACAGAAGCAAGAAUACAUUCAAGCCAUUAUGAUGAUGGAGGAAUCUGUUCAGCAUGUCGUCAUGACAGCCAUUCAAGAGCUAAUGAGUAAAGAGUCUCCUGUCUCUGCUGGAAAUGAUGCCUAUGUUGAUCUUGAUCGCCAGUUGAAGAAAACUACAGAGGAAUUAAAUGAAGCUUUGUCAGCAAAGGAAGAAAUUGCUCAAAGAUGCCAUGAACUAGAUAUGCAGGUUGCAGCUCUGCAAGAAGAGAAAAGUAGUUUAUUGGCAGAAAAUCAGAUAUUAAUGGAGCGACUCAAUCAGUCUGAUUCUAUAGAAGAUCCCAACAGUCCAGCAGGAAGAAGACAUUUGCAACUUCAGACUCAGUUAGAGCAGCUGCAAGAAGAAACAUUCAGACUAGAAGCAGCCAAAGAUGAUUAUCGAAUACGCUGUGAGGAGUUAGAAAAGGAAAUCUCCGAGCUUCGGCAACAGAAUGAUGAACUAACCACUUUAGCAGAUGAAGCUCAGUCUCUAAAGGAUGAAAUAGAUGUUCUCAGACACUCUUCUGAUAAAGUAUCUAAACUAGAAGGUCAAGUUGAGUCUUAUAAAAAGAAGCUGGAAGACCUUGGGGAUUUGAGGCGGCAGGUUAAGCUCUUGGAAGAAAAGAAUACUAUGUACAUGCAGAACACUGUCAGUCUGGAGGAAGAAUUAAGAAAGGCUAAUGCGGCCCGAGGUCAGCUUGAAACAUACAAGAGACAGGUUGUAGAGCUGCAAAAUAGAUUAUCUGAAGAAUCAAAGAAAGCAGAUAAAUUAGAUUUUGAAUAUAAGCGACUAAAAGAAAAAGUUGAUGGUCUUCAGAAAGAAAAGGAUAGGUUGCGAACAGAAAGAGACUCUCUGAAGGAAACCAUUGAAGAGCUUCGUUGUGUGCAGGCUCAGGAGGGGCAGCUCACCACUCAAGGUCUGGUCAUCCUGGAACUUGAUUUGUAA